UUGCCACUUGCCUCUAGGUCGAUUUCCAACAGUUCUAUAACCUCUCCUGUUCAGCUAAUCUCCUCAGCCAGCAGUCUACCUGGAAAUCCUUCAGCUGCCCCAUCCGUCCGUGUCCUUUCGGACCAAUAUCAUGCCAUUCCUAGACCCCAGUCUCCUAUUGCAAAAAAGCCAAUCCUCCAGUCGUCAAGCAUUUAUUCUUCUGAUCUCAGGUUCUUAAAUCAAAAAGAUUUUUUGACUUCCCCAAAUCAACCUUCCUCUCUUACACUGAAAGAGGCGACUGCUAACUUUGCGAUUGCCUCCAGUGAGUUUAGUGAUAAAUCUUAUUCGAAUCUGUCGCAUGGAUUCUUUGGGAAUUCUGAUAAUCUGGAUGUGAAAUUGAAGGGCUCUAACCAUUUGCAUGAAAAAAAUGAUCAAUCCAACAAUAGGAAUGAGGAAUCUUCGGAAGAAUAUACUGAAGAAGAUGAUGAGGAGACGAAAACCGGAGUUUCCGACGUCUCAACAAAACAUUUAAAAAGGCAUGUUUUUACACCAGACUUGAAUAUCUUUCUCUUUAUUUAUCCUAUUUAUUUAUCCUAUCCAAUAUUCAUCUCUUGGUUUUAA